AACCACCCGAAAACGUAGCGAGAACCGCUAGAGGCAGAGAUAAUAUCGGUUUGAGUAGUUAUCAAACGUUACGUUCUGAUAGAAGGUAUGUAGAUAAUUCAAGUGAUUUUGGAUCGAGUAGCGAAGAUUCGAACAUGGUUAUUGAAACAUUUCGGUUUGGUAUCUUCCUGGAACAUUUGAAUUGUAAUUGCCUAAAAAUUACUUCUCUUCCUCAGAGAUGUAGAUAUACCACACAAGUGUUAUCUUUUUAUGAUGACAAAAUUACCAAGUAUGCUGAACAAUCUAUUAGACCGGUCACUCUCAAACAGUUAAUCCAAUUUGGUCAACCUCCGCUUAGUAUUUCUACGCUCCUUGAAUCAGCGCGAUAUACUAAAUUGGAACUCCCUGUUCGCCUUGCUCGUCGUAUAAAGGCUUUACAAAAGCUUCCAUUUAUAGUAGGAACUAAUCCAUAUAUCAAAAGAAUUUAUCAAUUGUACCUUGAUUCAUUUGAAUUGAUUUGUGACUUUCCUGAAAUUACUGAAGAGAAAACCGACGCAAAAUUUGCAGAUAUGCUAGCACAAAUCGUAGCAAGUCAUUCUGAGAACAUUCCUACAUUGGCUAAAGGAUUUCAAGAAUGUAAAAUAUAUAUGCCUGCGCAAGAUAUAAAGAAUUUUCUUGAUGACAUGAUUAAUUCUCGUAUUGGAAUACGUCUUAUCGCGGAACAACAUAUUGCUUUACACAACGCACGCGAUCCGAACUUUAUUGGGAUAAUAGACACUCAUACUAGUCCCGCAAAACUAAUUCAAUCAUGUACAAAUUGGGUUCAGGAACUUUGCGAAGGUCAUUAUGGUUCCUCUCCAGAAAUAAUUAUUGAUGGGCAAACAGAUACUACAUUUGCUUAUGUUCCAGUACAUUUAGAAUACAUAAUUUCUGAAGUGCUAAAGAAUUCUUAUCGUGCUACCGUCGAGUACAGUUCAAAAAUUAAACGGAAUAAUCAUCCACAAAUUGUAGCUACGAUAUCAAAAGGAGAAAACAAUAUCGGAAUUAGAAUUCGUGAUCAAGGCGGUGGUGUGGCUCCCGAGGAUCUGCCAUCGAUAUUUGAUUACUCUUUUACAACUGUACCUCAGGAUGAGGAUUCGCAUACUGCUGAGAUGGAUAAUAUAUUAUCAAACGUUAGCAGACGUGCUAUGCAAACUGGGUUGGGUGGACCGAUUGCUGGAUUAGGUUAUGGACUUCCUUUGACUCGUCUCUAUGCUAAGUUCUUUGGUGGAUCACUGAAUCUUAUAUCCCUUCAUAGUUAUGGAUGUGACUUGUUUUUGAGACUGAAUGAUAUUAGUAAAUCGUUAGACAAUUUGCGGAUUUAA